GGGGCGGGGGGAGGAGAGGAGGAGCGCCGCGCCGGCGUCCACUGCGCAUGACCGCCCUCGUUGCCAAGGCAGCCGGGAAGGCGUGGCCCGGAAGAGGAGCCCCGCUGUGUCUGCGGGGAGACCCGACCGCCCAGGGCUCCGGCCUAACUGGAUCAAAGCUGAGAAGCGGAGCGUGAUGCAGAGCGAUAGCCCGCCGCCUAGGAGCCCCGGCUUGAGAAGAGCAAGGGGAACUGGCGCACACGGACGUCGGGGCGAUGGCCGACCCUCCUGACGGGCCCUUUGCUGAUGGGGCGCAGAGGUCCAGCUCCUCCAGCUCCCCUGCAGGACUGCAGCCCCGGGCCCGUGCCUCUGGGAGCCCGCCUGAGCGGGGAAGGGCCGCGCACGUGGAACAUGGAGACCAACAAACCGAGCUCUCGGGCUCCAAAAAUAAUGAAACGACGUUCAUUAGAAAAUGGAUCCGCUAUCUCAGGGGCCAAGGAACGAGCUCCGGACAGUACCGAUCAGACGCUCGACGCCAAGCAGGAAGCACUCCGGUACCUGAUGAGGAGCUGAAUGCCCUCCAGGCUUUCUGUGCCGUUAAGAUAAACCUGAUCCAGCAUAGAGCGAACCCUAAGGAGAAAAAGAGCAGCGGACGUCAAAAGCCACAGCUUAGAUUGGAGGCCGGGGCUUCAGAGGGAGAUGCCUUAACCUGUACGGUCCCCGAUGAACUCGUGAACAGAAUCUACUUAAAAAACAUGAGGACAGCACCCAAACAGGGGGCGACGGCCAAGCAACACAUUUCUUGGCGGUGUCUCCAUUGCAACAGGAAACGAGCAGAACUGGCGCAAGCUGCCUUUCUGAGACAAAAAAAGACUCUCCUGGAGUCCCUUCUACUCCAAGACAAAAUAGACAAGCAUCUUUACACCAAAGACCUUCUUACCCUUAUUGGAGACGCCCAUCGGGGUCUUCCCAGGCUUUCAGAUGACCCCAGAAUAAUCUGGAAGAGACUGAAUGAGCAAAGUCAGAUCAGACACUCUGGUUUUGAAAGGUCAGAUACAGAGCAGGUGUGGAGGAAUGAGACACGUGCUUGUCACUUAAACCUUUUCUCCACCACUUGACCAAACCACUGUAACCGGGAGAUAGUAUUUAUUCAUGAUAAUGUGUAAUGUGGAUAUACAUGUUUCUGUUGUGUCUUUGAAUAACCCUCAUUUUUGCAGGCACUUUGGAAAUGAAGGCUUUACUUUGCUUCCUUCUCCGAUAACUGGACUAAAAAUUUGCCACUCAGUACAUUUUUUUUUUCCAGAUUAUAGGUGGCAACACUAUGGUUGGUGUACUACGACGUUCUUACAACAACCCAGGAGAGAGAUGUUGGCAGUGGAGACUAGGGUUUUGACAAUACAGGUAGAAAGAAGUUCGGAGAUGUAAGAGGUAUUUGGGGAGUAAUGAUUGACAAUGUCUGGUGAGGAAAUGGAUAUGGGAUUUAAUAAAAGGUAAAUGUUAAGAAUGUGACUAAGUUUCUGACUUGUGCCCUUGGGUGAAAGAUAUCUUGUCAUUAAGAUGGGAGCAUUGGAAAAGGAUCUCGUUUGAUGGUAGUGAUUGAGAAUGUGAUUAUUUGGAUAUGGUUAGUUUAAGGUAUAUUUGAGACAUCCACACUGAGAGGUUGAGAAACAGAGGUUGAGGUUGGGUAUUUGUGGUUGCAGUCUAGAGAAGAGGGCAAGCCUAGAGAUUUGAGAUAAAGCACUGGGCGGAAUCACUGAUCUAUAGUUGAAAAUUGAAGUCAUGGGUAUGAUAAGCUUUCCUAGAAGAGAGCAGAGUGAGAGAGGAGGGGCUAGGAGUAACCUCUAGAAAUUCAGCAACUCCUGGCUGGGUGGAAGAGAAUCAGCCAGCAAGGGAGGUUGAGAAGAAAUUAUUAGAGAAGGGUAAAGGAAACCAGAAAUGUGUGUUACAGAGAUCAAAGAAGGAGAACAUUCCAGAAAGGAUGGGCUAAGUAUGCUAAUAAUGCAAGGAGAGUUCCUGUGAGAUAAGUUAGUUAAGCGUUGGACUCUGUUGGCCUUAGCAACAACAGCCACUUCACUUAUGGAAACUGAGCAAGGUGGACUGAGGAGUGAAUGUAAGGAGAGGACUAUGAAUGCACACUACUAGAAGUUUAGCUGUGCAGGGAGAGAGGGGGUAGCUGGAGGUAGAUACAGAAUUGAGGGAAGAAAGCUUGAAGAGAAUGCUCUAAAAAGUGAUUUUGUUCGUAAAGGUUUUAUGGAACUUUUCUUGUUCGUCUAAUGAAACAAUAUUACCCCCUGGAAAAUACCGUGAUAUUUUGAAAAUACAUUUAUGGGGAAAGUGUUAAAUGGCAUUCUGAGAAGUCAUAUCUGUUAUUUCUGUAUAAAAAUAUGAAUGCUAGAAUUAGCGACAGUGUCUGGAGGUUAUUGUUCUACAUGUCUAACACCGAAGCUUUCGCAGUCAAAAAUAAAUUUGUAAAAAUCAGCACAAAAUAUUUUUUGUAUCAUAUUCCAAUUAUACUCUUUAAGUUUAGACCUUCAUUUAUGUACAAAGAUACUGUUCUGUCCUGUAGAAUUUAGCAUAUUUCCUCUUAGUAAAUCAUUCCUAAAUAAAAUGGAGAAUAUUACCAUUUUCAUAGUAACUUUUUAUUUGAAAUCCACCUUAUGUCAUGCCUUAUCUUUGCCAUCUCAGUAUAUUCACAUUUCACAUAACCAAAAUUCUAAAUAAUUUCCUGUUUCGGAUUCCCCAUUAAAGGUCAUAAUCCACCCCUCUUUGUCAACUAAGCUAGAAAUUUUAGAAUCAUUAUUUGUUUCUCCUCUUUUUUAUUUAUUGCCCAAGCUAACUUUUCCGGCAAGACCAUUGGAUCAUUCCUUUUGAGUAUCUUCUGACCAUGACUUUUUAUUUCCAUCUUGUUACCACUUUCCUCAUCAUCUCAGCCCUCUUGUUCCUGGCUUCUUUCCUCUUCACUCCAUUACCUACACUGUCUGUUUUUCUAACACACAGACUUGUUCAAGUUAGUCCCUUGAUUAAAAAAAUAAGAAAUGAUUUAUCAGUGCAAUAGAAAUAGCUUGAAUUAAUUAAUGCCAUAUGAAGGUUCCUUCGUAUCUGGUCCAUGUUCAUUUAUCUAAGCUCAUUUUGUACCUGUCCCCUGACGCUCCCAUAUUUGAGCCUCUACACGAAAUUUGCACUUCCCUGAGCAAUCUUGUUUUUUUUGUGCCACUAGGGUUUACAAGUAUACAUUUGUUUUGCUCAAAUUCUCGUAAUCGUCUUUUAUAGCUGGUAUACUUUUUAAAUUUUUUUAUAUUUCACCAUAGUAAAUAGGUAAUACAGUCACAUGAUUCAAAAAAUCAAAGGGGUGUUUCAAGGUUUAGUGUGUACUUUCCCUGCCACCCUAUAACCAUUGCACUUCUAGGCUGGCCUGCCAGAUCCCUGCCUGCUUGAGUUAACCUUUUCCUGCUGGAUCAUGAGACAAUCAGGCAUCCCAGGAUGAGAGCAGAGGUAGAAGAAAUUCAAGGAAUUGGGGAGUGGCCACUUGCCAAUUGGGACAGGGUAUUCUCUUUUUAUUUUAAGAUUUUAUUUAUUUAUUCAUGAGAGACACAGAGAGAGAGGCAGAGACACAGCCAGAGGGAGAAGCAGACUCCCUGUGGGGAACCUGAUGUGGGACUUGAUCCCAGGACCCCAGGAUCAUGAGCUGAGUCAAGGGCAGACGCUCAACAUCUGAGCCACCCAAGUGUCCCAGGACAGAGAAUUCUUAUAUUUUAGCCAAUACAACCUAACUAGUGUGUAUGAGCUGAAUAUUCAUGUUAACUCUAAGUAGGCACUUAUAUUAGUUUCUUAUAUCUUUCCAGUGUUUAUGUAAAUAUAAACACCAAAGAUAAUUUAUGAGAUACUCUCUUUUGUACCUUGUUUUUUUUCCCCCUGUGAUAAUAUAUGUGUAUAUAAAUCAUAAGGUUUUCUAUUUUAGCCAUGGCGAAUUGUACUAUUCAGUGGCAUUAUUUACAUUUACAAUGUUGUGCAAAAAGUUUCUUACCACCCCAAACAGAAACUCCAGAUCCAUUAAGCAAUAACCUCCUUCCCUAUUCUAUCCUCCUCCCAGUCCCUGGUAACCUCUAAUGUACUUCUGUGUCUACGAAUUUGCUCAUUCUUGAUAUUCCACGUAAAUAAAAUCAUAUUUGUUCUUUUGUGUCUGGCUUAUUUACUGAACAUUGUU